UUGGUCUUCUGAUAACUGCUCUUUUAGCACAUCCUUACAUCAUGCCACUUCCGGAUACUUUGUACUGUGCCCAGCAAAUCAAAAUCCCUCCCCAGCUGCCAGACAUCCUCAAAAGCUUCACAAAGGCAGCCAUCCGAACACAGCCGAACGAUCUGCUGCGCUGGUCUGCAGCAUACUUUCAUGCACUGGCCAAAGGAGAGUGUCUACCAGUAAAGGAGAGGCUGGAGAGGAAUGUUGGCACCGGGUUGACUCCAGGUCUACUGAAAAUCCUCCAUAAGCAGAUGUCUUCAAGGCCAAUGUGCAGCAGAGAGGAGCUGCAGAUGAAGUGGAAGGACCUCGGUCUUCCCAUGGAACAGCUGAAGACCCUGCUGUCAUUGGGCUGCUUUUCUUCAGAAUUCUCCUGGAUUGAGUUUUUUGCCCUGGGUUGUACUGCCCUGGGAGGGACUCUUGAAAGCUCUCUGAAGUACGCUUGUGAGAUCCUGACAAAUGAUGAGGAGGGUGGCCCUGCCAGGAUCCCGUUUGAAACCUUCGUCCAGAUCUACACCUUCCUGGCUCGACUAGAGGGAGACUUAUCACAACAACAAAUUGACAACUUCCUCAAAAGUCUGGAACCACAAGUGGCGAUCCAGGAUGGGAUGAUAAAACCUGUGAACUUUAUCAACAUGAAUGACAUGGAUUCAACUCCAUCUAGUUCCACUUUUCUUUCCUCAACAACCUUGGAAGCUGAAUAGUAGUAAACACCUAGAUUUUGUUUGCACUGAUCACAAAAGCUCAAUACUAGGAGUUCUAUUUAUGUUUACCUGAGAGAGUCUGCUUAUCAUAAAUUAAAUACGGGAGCCUAAACACUUCUGAAAAAAUAGGAUUAUGGAAGAGACUCAAAUCUUGUAUUUAAAACGUAUUACUUUCUUUUUAUAGCUUAGCAUGCGACUACUUUCCAAAUCUUAGUUUAGUUUAUUCAAAAAUGAUGCUUUAAGUGUAGUUUUUCCAUAGUCUGAUCGCAGAAGUCGUCCAGUUGGCUAAGAGCUCAAGACUGCCUUCCUAGCAAGUAACAUAUAUAGAUAUUGCAGCUCAAUGAAUUGCAGUGCUUAUAUAUACUGUGACUUCAAUGUUAGAUGAUGGUUCAAACACCAAAAUAACAUUUAUUUAAAAGUUAGCUGGAGUCUUGGUAGCGAAAAAAGGCUCUAAUUACAGUAUAAAUAUGAGGUGGUGUUUAUGUUGUGGACAGUGUCUUGCAAAUAAAUUCACCUUGAACUUGCUCAUAUUCCAGCUUAUCUAACAGCUAGAAAUGAUUUUGCUCGAUGUUUUUUUGCAUUAAAUGUCUAUAGUGUUCCUUCUGUUUGUGUAAAUAACAGUUUUCUAAUUUUUGGAUUUCUGUGGGUCUUUUAGGUGUGGCACAGUCCUCUUAGCUGCUUCUCUGAAUAAUGCUCUCUUUACCCACAUGCGUUUGAUAAUUUUUCUCUUUCAAUGUUGGAUGAUAGUUUGAUAAGUGCAACAUGAGAUGUCUUAAGCUCAAUUUAAAAUGAUUACUCUUUGCCCUCUACCUUUUUGACAUUCUUUGGUCUAUAUUAUUGUUUGUACACUAGUUUAUUUGCAUAAAUCUAUGAGGCCUUUUCAGAAUAAAUGUAAGUCUUGAUUUCAAAAGUAAGGUCAGAAGGUUAAAUAUGAGAGAUGAUAGAAUCUGCUGAUGAGGAAACUGAUCUUUUUUUACUUGAUCAUUGAAAACAGUUCAAACAAAACAUAAACUUAUUUUUCUAUAAACCAUUUAAUGUUGAUGAUUACUUUGCCUGCUUCUCCAAAUGAGAUCCUUCCCAAAAACUAGAAAUCUGUGUGGCUGUAAGAGCAACUCAUUCAACCCACUUUAAACAAACUAAAUACAUCCUCAAGUGCAGUUGGAGGAGGAGGAAGAAAAGAAAACACCACAGAUGUCCCAAACAGUGGCUUGUCAACCAAGAAAACACACAUUUUUAUCUUACAUAUUAAAUGAGAAAAUGUAUGUGAAUUUUUUAUAUUUUGAGAUAGAAGCAGAGACUGAUUUUUACAGCUUUCAUCACUUUUUGCUUAAUCUCUUGACCACAUUGCAGCAUUUUCUAUUCAUGAAUAGUUCAUUUUUUUGCCCCUGUCUCUCAUCUACAAUGAUUUUAUGUGCUGGACUGAAUCUAAAAGUGUGCAUGCAUUAGUGUCUUUUCUAUGGGAUUUUAUUCUUCCCAUUUUUUUUCAAGAGGGAGUGGUGGCAUAGAACCUGGAAUCCUGAGGUAUUGAGUUUGAGACCCACUCCAACAGACUGCCACUCUGGGUCUCUGAGCAAGACCUUUAACCCCCAAUUGUACCCCACAAUGGCAGCCCACUGCAUGGAUGGGUUAAAUGCAGAAGUAAAUUUCUCCAAUGUGAGAUCAAUAAAAAAUUCAAUUAUUACUUUUGGGCAGUGUUGUAGUACUCGACAUCGGUCUUGGUCUCGAGACCAUUUUUUGAUGGUCUCGGUCUCGUCUCGGA